GUAACAUUGCCAGCACAAUAUUACAAAUCUCAACUCAUAGUACCAAGGCCCAACUAUAUAAGAUUGAAUAACAGUCCCAUUGCACAUCAUCCUAUUCACCUUCCACCCAUCUCAAAACCCUCAUCCUAUACUCAGCAACCACUAUACCCUCACAUCAAAAUGUGCCACGACAACAUCUCCCUCAACGGCUGGACCAGCACUCCCGCCAACGCCGGCCUGAUCUUUCCCGACAAGCCUUUCAUUCACCCACCCACCCCCAUCCCCGUCACCGACAUCCCCUUCCCAUCCACCGAUCCCCUCGUCGCCAAGACCCUCGAAUCCGUCCAAUCCCUCCUCCCCCACAACACCAUCAACCACUCUAUGCGCGUAUACUACUACGGAAUGAUCCUCCUAAAACAACAAUUCCCCAACCACCCCCUCUCCCCCACAACCUGGGCCCUAACCUGCCUCCUGCACGACAUCGGCACUGCCCCUACCCUUCUCACCGCAACAAACAUGUCCUUCGACCUGUAUGGCGGCAUUUUAGCCCGCUCUAUCUUAACCUCCUUCGACUGUCCCAGUGACAUUGCAGAUGCCGUAGCAGAAGCUAUCAUCCGGCAUCAGGACUUAGGUGUCGAUGGAAAUAUCACGUUCUUGGGACAGUUGAUACAGUUGGCUACGAUUUAUGAUAAUGUGGGGGAGCAUCCGCAGGUUAAGAACUUUGGAGAGUUGAUUCAUGAAGAUACGAGGAGGGAGAUAAAUGAGCGCUGGAAUAGGGAGGGGUGGUGUGGGGUGUUUGCUGAUGUGCUGAGCGUGGAGGUGCGGGAGAAGCCGUGGUGUCAUUCGACGCAUAUUGUCGGGUUUGAGGGGAAGGUUAGGGGUAAUAAGCUUUUUGGGGAGUAGAAGGAAGUUUUGGUUUUGAGGGGGUGAGGGGGGGUUGGUUCCACGGCAUAUUGCGUUCAGUUAUGUGGUGAUUGUGAUAUGGAAUGCGAUUAGGAUUUU